AAGGAGAGCGAGAUUGAAUGCUCUUAAGUCUUUGAAGCCAAUGCCCUUCUCUUCUUUCGGUUUGCAAAGCUUUUCCCAUGUAAUCCAUGCCAUUUUUCUCUCCUUGUCUUUCUGCCCCCACCAAAAGUUGCUCAUCAUGGCAUUUAACUCUUUACAAAGCGAGUCCAGCAAUUUGAAGUAGCUCAUCGUGUACGUGGGAGUGGCUUGGGCUACGACUUUGAUUAAAAUCUCUCUUCCGGCAUUUGAGAGCAAUUUCCUUUUCCAACCCGCUAUUUUCUUGCCUACUUGGUCCUUAAUGCGAUUAAAGGCCUUUCUUUUCCCCUUCCCUACUAGCAGAGGUAACCCAAAUUAUCUUUCAUGGUGUUGGAUGAUUUGAGCCCCAAAAUCUGCUUUACUUGUUCUUGGACCUCUCUCUUAGUGUUCUUGCUAAAAAAUAAGGAUGUUUUAUCCUUGUUUAGUUUCUAUCCAGACUUGGCUUCAUAGUCCUCUAGUACUUGAAGGAUUCUUCUACCCUCUUCCACCGAUGCUCUACAGAAAACAAUACUGUCAUCCGCGAAGAAAAGGUGGGAGAUCCGAGGCACCCCCCUACUAAUUGAAAUACCCCGUAUCUUUCCUUGUUCUUCCUCCUUUCUCAACAUGGCAGAAAGUCCCUCAGCACACAACAAGAACAAAUAAGGAGAUAUUGGGUCUCCUUGUCUAAGCCCUAGUGUUGGAAUGAUGUUGCCUUUCGCCUCCCCAUUAAUUAACACGGAAUAGGAGACUGUACUAAUACACAUCAUCACCAGUGAAAUCCAUCUCUUGUUAAACCCCAAUCUUCGCUUAAUCACUUCCAAGUACCGUGAUUCCACCCUAUUGUAUGCUUUGCUCAUAUAAAGCUUUAGAGCCAUCAAAGCCUCCUUGCCUUUUCUUCUCCCAUUAAUACAGUGUAUUGUUUCAAAAGCCACAAGCACAUUGUUAGUUAUUUGCCUCUCUGGAACAAAAACACUUUGAGAUUCAUUAAACACUUAUGCAAGAAUUCUCUUCAAUCAGUUAGCGAGCACUUCGGACAUAAUCUUGUAGCUCACAUUGCACAAACUAAUAGGAUGGAAUUCGGUAAUUUUUUGGGGGGACUUGACUUUUGGAAUGAGACAAAUAAAGGUUUCAUUAAGUCCAAUUGGCAUCACACCAGAAUUAAGGCGGUUCUUGGGUUAAUCAAGCUUUUGCCAUCGAAGAAAAGGGUUGUCAAGAUUCUACGUGACGUGAGUGGAAUAGUGAAGCCAUCAAGAAUGACACUGCUUCUGGGACCUCCAGGAUCAGGGAAAACAACAUUGCUGCAGGCACUUGCUGGGAAGAGGGACAAGGAUCUCAGGAUAUCAGGGAGAGUCAGUUACUGUGGUCAUGAGUUAUCAGAAUUUGUUCCUCGGAGAACAUGCGCAUACAUUAGCCAACAUGAUCUUCAUCAAGGGGAAAUGACAGUCAGAGAGACAUUGGACUUUUCAGGACGUUGUUUGGGAGUUGGAACAAGGUAUGACCUGCUGACAGAAUUGUCAAGACGAGAAAAAGAAGUUGGAAUAAAACCAGAUCCUGAGAUAGAUGCAUUCAUGAAAGCCACAGCAAUGGCAGGCCAAGAAACAAGUCUUGUUACAGAUUAUGUUCUCAAGAUUCUUGAAUUGGACAUCUGUGCUGACAUUAUUGUGGGUAAUGAGAUGAGAAGAGGCAUAUCUGGUGGACAAAAGAAGCGUGUUACUAUAGGAGAAAUGUUGGUUGGACCAGCAAAGGCUCUUUUUAUGGAUGAAAUAUCAAAUGGUCUAGACAGUUCAACCACUUUCCAGAUAGUCAAGUUCAUGAGGCAGAUGGUUCAUAUAAUGGAUGUGACAAUGAUAAUUUCUCUUCUGCAACCUGCGCCUGAAACCUUUGAUCUUUUUGAUGACAUUAUUUUACUUUCAGAAGGCCAGAUUGUCUAUCAAGGUCCGUGUGAGAACGUACUUGAAUUUUUUGAAGAUAUUGGCUUUAAGUGCCCAGAGAGGAAAGGAGUUGCAGACUUUUUGCAAGAGGUUACUUCCAAAAAGGAUCAGGAGCAGUACUGGUGCAAAAAGAAUGAACCUUACCGAUAUACUAGUGUUCCUGAGUUUGUAGAUCACUUUCAUAAUUUUCACAUUGGCCAGCAACUUUAUGAUGAGCUUGGAAUUCCAUAUGAUAGGUCUAAAGCUCAUCGUGCUGCAUUAGUAAAAGAGAAGUAUGGAAUUUCUAAUCGGGAACUCUUGAAGGCAUGCUUUGCAAGAGAGUGGCUAUUGAUGAAGCGCAACUCUUUUAUAUAUAUAUUCAAGACAACCCAGAUUACCAUAAUGUCAAUUAUUGCCAUGACAGUGUUCUUUAGAACUGAAAUGAAGCACGGUCAAUUAGAAGAUGGAGGGAAAUAUUAUGGUGCAAUGUUCUUCAGUCUCACUAAUGUCAUGUUCAAUGGAGUGUCAGAACUUGGAUUGACUGUUGUUAGGCUUCCUGUAUUUUUUAAGCAGCGGGAUUUCUUGUUCCAUCCAGCAUGGGCUUUCGGCUUACCAAUUUGGCUCCUCAGGAUUCCUCUCUCAUUGAUGGAGUCAGGAGUAUGGAUCUGCCUAACAUAUUACACUAUUGGGUUUGCUCCUUCUGCUAGUAGGUUUUUCCGCCAAUUAUUGGCAUUCUUCAGCAUCCAUCAGAUGGGCCUAUCUCUGUUCCGGUUUAUUGCAGUACUGGGAAGAGUUCAAGUUGUGGCAAAUACGCUUGGUACCUUUACAUUGUUAUUGGUUUUUGUCCUUGGUGGGUUCAUUGUUGCCAAAGAUGACAUUGCACCAUGGAUGAUAUGGGGCUACUACAUUUCUCCCAUGAUGUAUGGACAGAAUGCCAUAGCCAUCAAUGAAUUUCUUGACAAAAGAUGGAGUGCACCCAAUCCGUACCCACUUAUUCCUGAACCCACCGUCGGAAAGGUUCUUCUCAAGGCCAGGGGCAUGUUUGUGGAAGACUAUUGGUAUUGGAUUUGUGUUGGGGCACUCCUUGGGUUUUCUGUUCUUUUUAACAUCUGUUUUAUCAUAGCACUCACAUUUCUAAAUCCUUUAGGUGAUUCUAAAUCCGUUAUUGUUGAGGAGGAUGACAAUAAAAAAAGUGGAAAGCAGUCCUCUAAUGGACAGCUUCAGAUGAGAGGCAUAGAAAUGAGUACAUCUUCAACCGCUCCGUUGUUUCAAGGUACUGAUAUGGCAAUGAAGAACACUCCAGACAACUCAAUUGGUAGUGGUGCAGAGAAUGCACCUACUAGAAGAGGAAUGGUUCUGCCAUUCCAGCCCUUGUCACUUGCAUUUAAUCAUGUAAAUUACCACGUCGAUAUGCCAGCUGAAAUGAAGGGCCAAGGGAUCGAAGAAAGUCGUCUCCAACUUUUACGAGAUGUUAGUGGUGCUUUCAGGCCUGGUAUUCUAACAGCAUUGGUUGGCGUAAGUGGUGCUGGAAAAACCACAUUGAUGGAUGUGCUAGCAGGAAGAAAAACUAAUGGGUACAUUGAAGGAAGUAUCAGCAUAUCUGGUUACCCAAAGAACCAAGCAACUUUUGCUCGGGUUAACGGUUAUUGUGAACAGAAUGAUAUCCAUUCACCCAAUGUUACCGUCUAUGAAUCUCUUGUGUACUCUGCCUGGCUGCGUCUUGCCAAGGAAGUUAAGCAGGAAACUCGAAAGAUGUUUGUUGAGGAAAUCAUGGACUUGGUUGAGCUAAAUUCAUUGAGGAAUUCCUUAGUUGGUGUUCCAGGAGUUGAUGGUCUGUCAACUGAACAGAGAAAGAGACUCACAAUAGCUGUAGAAUUGGUUGCUAAUCCCUCCAUCAUCUUCAUGGAUGAGCCAACAUCAGGCCUUGACGCUAGAGCUGCAGCAAUUGUAAUGCGUACAGUGAGAAACACAGUGGAUACAGGGAGAACUGUCGUUUGCACAAUUCACCAGCCAAGCAUAGACAUUUUUGAAGCUUUCGAUGAGCUACUGUUGAUGAAGAGGGGUGGACAAGUCAUUUAUGCUGGACCCCUCGGUCACCAUUCUCAAAAGCUUGUAGAUUACUUUGAGGCUAUCCCAUAUGUUCCUAAGAUCAAAGAUGGAUAUAAUCCUGCGACAUGGAUGCUAGAAAUCAGUUCUCCUGCGGUUGAGGCUGAACUUGAUGUGGAUUUUGCAGAAAUUUAUGCCAAUUCUGAACUGUACAAGAGGAAUCAAGAACUCAUCAAAGAGCUAAGCACGCCAUCACCAGGAUCGAAGGACCUUUACUUCCCCACCAAAUAUUCCCAAUCCUUUGUAACUCAAUGUAAAGCUUGCUUUUGGAAGCAAUAUUGGUCUUAUUGGAGGAACCCACAAUACAAUGCCAUCCGGUUAUUCAUAACGAUAGUCAUCGGUGUUCUAUUUGGGCUAAUUUUCUGGAACAAAGGAGAUAAGACGCGCAAGGAACAAGACCUGCUGAAUCUACUGGGGGCUAUGUUUGCUGCUGCUCUUUUUCUUGGAAGCACCAACACAGCUGCAGUGCAGCCUGUUGUGGCAAUUGAAAGAACAGUCUUCUACCGUGAAAGAGCAGCAGGAAUGUAUUCAGCUUUGCCUUAUGCUUUUGCUCAGGUGGCAGUGGAGAUAAUUUAUGUAGCUAUCCAAACUUUUGUCUACACUCUUAUCCUUUACUCAAUGAUUGGAUUCCAUUGGCGACUUGAAAAGUUCUUGUGGUUUUACUUCUUUAUCUUGAUGUGCUUUAUAUACUACACAUUGUAUGGGAUGAUGGUAGUAACUCUGACUCCUAGCUACCAAAUUGCCGCCAUUUUUAUGUCCUUCUUCCUAAACAUCUGGAACCUGUUCUCUGGUUUUCUCAUCACGAGGCCGCAAAUUCCAAUAUGGUGGAGGUGGUAUUACUGGGGCUCUCCUGUGUCUUGGACAAUCUAUGGCCUUGUGACCUCUCAAGUGGGUGACAAGACCACUCCAAUUGAGGUACCUGGACAAGGCUAUAUGCUUGUGAAAUAUUACCUGAAGUCUCACUUGGGCUUUGAAUAUAACUUCCUUGGAGCUGUUGUUGCAGCCCAUAUUGGCUUUGUCCUCGUUUUCUUAUUUGUCUUUGCCUAUGGUAUCAAGUUCCUCAACUUCCAAAGGAGAUAAAAAGAAAACAAGGAUUCAAGCUUCAACAAUGAUAAUAAGAUUUUGUCUGAGCAAUUGAUCUAGCAGAAAGAUAUGGUUGGCUUAGUAUUUUUUUCACCAACU